UACCCCCAAAGAAAGAUAAGAUAUACAGGGGAGAACCAUGGAGGCCAAAACCAGCAUACAGAGGGCAGAACAGGAGGACGUCCAUGAAGCCAUGUUGCCAAAACACUCCUCCUCGGUGGCAGUCAGCUCUGAACUGGAGGACGUACUCUCCGACCCAUGUUUGUCCAACUUCCAGCGGUUCCGGUCAGCCACCUGGCUGGAAUUAAACAUCCUCUUCCGUCUUGCAGCUCCGGCUAUCAUUGUUUACUUGCUCAACAAUGUUGUCUCCAUGUCCACUCAGAUCUUCUGUGGCCAUCUCGGGAAUCUUCAACUCGCUGCAGCCUCUCUCGGCAACACUGGCAUUCAAGUUUUUGCAUACGGUCUUAUGUUGGGGAUGGGAAGCGCAGUGGAGACGCUGUGUGGCCAAGCUUAUGGGGCGCAUAAAUAUGAAACGCUGGGGAUAUACAUGCAAAGGUCGAUGAUUCUCCUCACAGCAACUGGGAUUCCACUUAUGCUGAUAUAUAUCUUUUCCAAACCCAUAUUGAUAUUGCUCGGUGAAUCAGCAACCAUAGCAUCUGCAGCUGCAAUCUUUGUUUACGGGCUCAUUCCCCAAAUUUUUGCCUAUGCAGCCAAUUUUCCCAUACAGAAGUUCCUCCAGGCACAGGGCAUAAUAGCACCAAGUGCAUUCAUAUCAGCAGCAGUUGUUGGGGUCCAUCUCUUACUCAGCUGGCUUGCAAUUUAUAAAUUUGGUUGGGGGUUGUUGGGUGGAUCAUUAGUAUUGAGUCUGUCUUGGUGGCUCAUAGUGGGGGCACAAUUUGUGUACAUUUUGUUGAGUGAAAAGUGUAGGAGAACAUGGACUGGCUUCAGUAUACAGGCAUUUUCAGGGCUCUGGGACUUUCUAAAAUUGUCAACUGCAUCAGCUGUUAUGCUUUGCCUUGAAAGUUGGUACUAUCAGAUACUAGUCUUGAUUGCAGGGUUACUCCAAAAUGCUGAGAUUGCAUUGGACUCCCUCUCCAUCUGCAUGACGGUAUCUGGCUGGGUGUUCAUGAUCGCAGUGGGUUUCAAUGCAGCUGCAAGUGUGAGAGUGAGCAAUGAGCUAGGAGCUGGACAUCCCAAAGCAGCAGCAUUCUCUUGUCUAAUAGUAACUUCAAGCUCGUUCAUCAUCUCUGUGAUCUGUGCCAUUAUCGUGCUUUUGACACGCAAUGUCAUCAGCUAUGCCUUCACCGGUGGCACUGCCGUUGCUGAGGCAGUGGCAGAACUCUCUCCCUUGCUGGCAUUAUCGGUCAUUCUCAAUGGUAUUCAACCCGUUUUAUCAGGGGUGGCUGUUGGCUGUGGAUGGCAAGCAUUUGUUGCAUAUGUCAACGUAGGGUGUUACUAUAUCAUUGGUAUCCCAUUGGGUUGCCUCCUUGGUUUCAAGUUUGAUUUUGGGGCAAAGGGUAUAUGGACUGGAAUGAUAGGAGGCACUAUUAUACAAACUCUAAUUUUAAUAUGGGUCACAGUGAGGACAGAUUGGCAAAAGGAGGUUGAGAAAGCAAAGAGUAGGCUGGAAGAAUGGGAUGACAUUAAGGAGCCUCCUCUGCUGAAGGAAUAAAGAGCAAUUAAACACAGAAGUGGCUUUUGCCAUUGUCAACCUUGAGAUACAGGCAUGAGACCCCCUUACCAAAUUCAAAACCUAGCAAUCCAGAAGUAGAAGAAAAUGAAAGAAAUUAAACUUCAUCAACACCACCUUCUUUCCCUUAUUAGAUUGUAAUAUUCAGGAUACAGAGUGCUAAAUUAUUAAAAUUAUUAUUUGAUU